AGUUGAGCUCACACUGCACCGGUCGUGCUCAGUUUAGCAAGAUUUGUGGCGAUUGUUUUGCAGAUAAAAUUGAAGAACUAGAGAAAGUUUACUUAGAAGUAGAGGUUUUCAGGAGAUUUCUUUCUUUUCUCUGAUCGACUCAGUUGUUUCAACAAGUGCCUCGCGAGACGUGAAAAAAGUUCCGGCCUCGCCACACUAUAGGCUACUCACGUCCACUCUCACACAAAAUGGCGGACCGGUGACAACUUUCUUGACAACUUUUGUGAGUGUAGCGGGAAAUUUCCAAGGGGAAGUUUGCCUUCUCGGGAGUAAGUGCAUUUAAUAUGUCGAGCAUGAGCUACCAAAGGAGCCUCUCCAUCUCCCUAGGAAUAUCCAUUGAUGCCUGGGCGUCGGUUAAAUGGAUGUUUCUAAUACUUUUUCUGCUGAGCUUUUCGACAGGCUCGGUGAGCGCAGCUUCCAAUUGUACAAUGGACUGCCCUGUAGACUGCGACGUUGACUGCCCUGUAGACUGCACAGCAGACUGUGCCACCAACUGCUCGGCUGGUUUCUUCUUUGACAAUGUAGCGAGUGCAUGCGCCCAGUGUAAUCCAGGAUAUUACUGUGAAGGUGGAUCAGUGUCAGCGGUCGCUUGUUCAAGUGGUACUAAGAAUCCAAACAAUGGAUCAUCUUCCAGUUCAGACUGCACAGCCUGCGCAAGUGGGAGUUACAGCACAGCUGGGUCAGGCUCCUGUACCGUAUGCCCAAGUGGGUAUUCCUGUACAGUGGAUGGGAAGCUGACCGCGUGUGUGGCACCUCAGUACUCAUUAGAUGGGGAGUCCAGCUGCAGCAGCUGCCCAGCCAUCUCCUACUGCCCAAAUGCGAAUGAAGCACCUAAGAGUUGUAGUAGUGGAAGCGUGCCCAAUUCGAACCAAACCGGCUGUGAGAACUGCCUUGAGGGGACCUACUCCAGCUCUGGUGACGAUACGUGCUCCGACUGCCUGGCUGGGUAUUACAGCCUGGAAGGUGCGGCUAGCUGUACAGCUUGCCCAACAGGUUCAUACUCUAGCAUGGAUGGCCAGUCUUCGUGCACUCCCUGCCAGGAGGGGUACUUCUGCUCCUCGACGAAUCAAACCGCAUGUGACCCAGGUGAAUACAGUGGGGCCAAUUCUACGUACUGUGUCAAAUGCCCCGAAGGUUUUGGAUGUGCAGGGGGAGCAGCUCCAGAGCGCUGUCUGGCGGGCACUUAUGCCACCCUGGGAAGCUCCACCUGCGAGAGUUGCGGUCUGGGCCACUACUGCCCCGUGGACGAAAGUGGGGAGCAGUUGCCCUGCCCUACAGGGAAAUUCGCCAAUGAGACGGGCCUCCAGGAGUGCUACCCCUGCCGAGCGGGCCACUCCUGUUCGUUGACUGAGGAGACGGCCUGUGGGGCGGGAAGCUACAGCAACGCCGAGUCAACAGGUUGUCUCUCCUGUCCGGGCGGCCACGCCUGUGCCGGCACCUCACCCCCUCAGCAGUGUCUGGCCGGAGAGUAUGCCCGUAAUGGCAGUGACGCCUGCGAACCCUGUGAGGUUGGGUUUUACUGUGAGACACCAGGAACCGUGGAGCCUGUGCAGUGCCCCGAAGGUUUCUUCUCCAAUUCUACCGGAGCUGAUACUUGCACACAGUGCAGUCCGGGGUACUACUGCACCCGCACUACUGAAGUGCCAUGUGACGCGGGCUUUUACAGCUAUGCGGGAGCAACGUCCUGCCUGCUGUGCGACGGUGGUUACAAUUGCACUGGAACUGAUGCGCCGCAGAAAUGUCCUGCUGGCACCUAUGCCCGUAACGGAAGCAGUGCUUGCACUCCAUGCGAAGUUGGCUUCUACUGUCCGAUUGAUGGCCUAAGCGAACCUACUGUGUGCCCGGAGGGCCACUACCAAGAUUCUGAGAAUCAGCGGGCAUGCGUGCCAUGCUCAGCAGGUUACUACUGCACCUCCACAGCAGAGACGGCCUGCAAUCCUGGCACCUACAGCUUGGACGAGGCCACCUCCUGCGACCCCUGCCCGGCCGGCUACUCCUGCAGCGGGGGAGCCCCGCCUGUCGAGUGCCUUGCGGGAACCUAUGCGACUGUCGGGAGCGACUCGUGCCAGCCCUGUGAGAUCGGCUACUUCUGCCCCUUCAACGGAACGUCGCAGAUGAUAAACUGUUCCGCAGGCACCUACGCCAAUGAGACCGGUUCCAGUGCGUGCCAGGAUUGCGAAGCGGGCUACCGAUGCCCCAGCCCCCACCUGACCCCAGUGAUCUGCAGCAGGGGUCACUACAGCGAGGCGGCAUGGACCGAGUGCAGGGCGUGCGUUGACGGCGAAUAUGCCGACGGCUUGGGAUCAACGCAGUGCCAGACUUGUCCCCCAGGCUAUAAGUGUAGCACAACCUCGGCAUCACCUCAGGCCUGCCCUCCUGGAAAGUACAGCACGGGUGCUGCCAAGUACUGCACAGACUGCCCCGAGGGGAGCUAUGCCAGUGGUUACAACUCUUCCUCCUGUGAGCUCUGCCCUGCUGGAUCAGCAUGCCUGGAUCCAAGCACAGAUCCGUCGCAGUGUAACUAUGGUGAAUACUCACUGGGCAAUACCACCGCUUGCACGUUAUGCCCGGCCGGAUUCCAUUGUUCAGACUCAUCUGCGGCACCAAUCCAGUGCCUCAAAGGAUACUACGCACCAGAGGGCCAAGCAAACUGUUUCGGCUGCAGCAAGGGAUUCUAUUGCCCCGAAAAUGGACUGUCUGCUCAGAUCAGUUGUGAGGAAGGCACGUUUGCCAACGACACCCGAGCCACAGAGUGCACAGUCUGCCCGGCCGGCUCAGAGUGCCUCAGCCGUUCUUCCACUCCAGUCCCCUGCGAUCCCGGCUUCUACUCCCUGGGGGGAAACUCCAGCUGUACGGAGUGCCCUGGAGGCCACAAGUGUCCAACGACAGACCAGCAGCCCAUCGCUUGCAACUCGGGCGAGUUUGCAGCAGCGGGCGAUCAGUCCUGCACCCCUUGCCCCAGGGGUCAAUUCUGCCCGGACCCCCCACCGGCUGCCCCCACUAACUGUCCCUCCGGAUGGUAUGCCGAGACGCAAGGCAGAACCAACUGCACGCAAUGCCCCCAGGGUGAGUAA